AAGAUCUCGAGAUCAUUUUUCCUCAUUAUAAACCCCACUAGUCCACUAGAGUAGAGAGAGAGAAAGAAAUGGCUAGAUUCAUAGUGUUGAUUGAGGCAGUAGUACUCGCUUUUCUAGUGGCAGCGCCGGUGCCUGAAGUGGCGGCGAAGAAGUAUCUAGUCGGCGACAAGAAGUUUUGGAAUCCAAACGUCGACUAUACCACCUGGGCUAAGGGGAAGCAUUUCUACCUCGGCGACUGGCUCUAUUUCGUGUACUACAGAGACCAAUACAACAUUCUUGAAGUAAACAAGACCGACUACGAACGCUGUAUCUCCGACCAUCCUAUCCGAAACUAUACACAUUGUUGUGGGAGAGACAUUGUCCCUCUCAAUGUCACCAAACAGUACUAUCUACUUGACGGAAGGGGUGGUUGUUUUCACGGCAUGAAGCUCACUGUUACAGUUGAGAACCCUCCUCCUCCACCCAAAUCUGCACCUGUUAAGAGGCAUUAGAUCAGUGUAAGAGUUUAAAAGCAUCAGCUGGUUGUUAGCCUUCUUUUGUUGUCUGAUUCAUUUCGAUGGAUGAUCUUGUUUCAUGAUUUGUUGUGUGCUCCUAUGGUUUACUUUUAUUUAAGCAUAAAACAUGAAUUUCAAAUGCCUAAAAAUAUGGAUCAAUAAUAUUCUUGCUGGUUUGUUUAUGUGGUGUCAAAGUUAGUUCUCACUAACACAUUUGGUGAAGAAAGAAUAUGAAAUCUCACCUAGUUGUUGUUCUGGAAUAAAUUUUGAGUUUAUUUAUAAUGAUGUUGUCUUGGCUAGAUCUUUAUAAAGGGCUUUGACAUGAUAUUCAUAAAGC